AUGUUGGAAGCCAGACUCGACCAGGCCGAUAUCCUGAAGAAGGUCGUCGAUGCCAUCAAGGAUCUCGUUCAGGACUGCAACUUCGACUGCAAUGACUCCGGUAUCAUGCUCCAGGCCAUGGACAACUCCCACGUUGCCUUGGUGUCCAUGGCUCUCAAGGCCGAGGCUUUCUCUCCUUUCCGCUGCGACCGCAACAUCGCGCUCGGCGUCAACCUCGGCUCCUUGACCAAGGUCCUUCGCGCCGCCCAAGGCGACGACAUCUUGACGCUCAAGGCUGAGGAUGCCCCCGACAGCCUGAACAUCCUCUUCGAGAGCUCAGCCAACGACCGUAUCAGCGAGUACGACCUCAAGUUGAUGGACAUUGACCAGGAGCACCUGGGCAUUCCCGAGACGGACUACGCCUCCACAAUCACCAUGCCGAGCAGCGAAUUCAGACGCAUCUGCGCGGACUUGAUCGCCAUGAGCGAGUCGGUCACGAUCGACGCGAGCAAAGACGGUGUCAAAUUCGCUGCCAGCGGUGACAUUGGCAAUGGAUCCGUCACCCUGCGAAGCCACACCAACGUGGACAAGCCCGAAAACAACGUGGACAUUGAGCUCUCUGAGCCCGUCUCCCUGACCUUCUCUCUCAAGUACCUCGUCAACUUCUGCAAAGCCGCCGCAAUUUCCAAGCAAGUCAAGAUCUGUCUCUCCAACGAGGUACCGCUGCUUGUCGAGUACGCUCUGGCGGGCUCGAGCUACCUGCGCUUCUACCUGGCGCCGAAGAUUGGUGACGAGGAGUAA